AUGGACAAUGCCAAAGAACCCGAUAUUGACAUUUUGGAUCAUUUGGACAGCGAAUUCCCCGCGCUCGGAGGACAGCCACAAAAUACGAACGUUCAACCUUGGAAUAGGAUAAGCACUCAGUCGCCUUCAUCACAGAAUCGUCCGCCGCAACCAAACGAUCUAUUCCCGGAUAUGGAUGGAUAUAGAAUAGGUGGGAAUGGGGGUGGCGGCGGUAGUCAAGGGCAAUCCCAAGGAAGACAGCAGAUGCAGCCCAAUAGCUUGGAUGACUUCCCAGCACUACCAAGAACAGCGCAGGGAGGCGAUCAUUUAGACGAACGAGGGUUUAUGGGGAUGGGCGCUAUGGGGGCAGGAGGGCAGUACGGUUCUACACGGCAAGCAAAUAUGGGUGUUGCAGGGAGAAAUGGAUUAGGGAUGGGGAAUGCCCCGCCGCAGAGCAGGUUACUUGAUGUCAUGCAGCAGCCCGGAGGUGUGCCAAUGUCAGAUGUUGAAAAGAAGAAUUUGAUGAAAGUAAAUACCUCUUCAAUGGUACCCAAUGGAGCACCUGGUCUUCCAACAAACGCCGCCACAACAAAUCUCUCGCAGCCAUUACCGCCCCAAACAAACGCAUCGCCUGCUCCAGGUUUACAAAACCCAAUUGGCCAUUCUUUAGGACAGCAACAGCCGCCCCCACAACAACAAUCAAAAUUUUCGUCUAACGCCAACGGUGUCGACUUCGGAGAAGGCUCAGUGGGUACAGGUACCGCUAGCAACAUGAUGGGAGAAACUGACAGAUUUGGGCUUGGUGGACUUUUAAACCUUAUCAGAGGGGAGAGCGGAGAUUUUUCGAUGGCUCCUUUAUAUCCAUCGUUUGCGUCACCUUGGGCGGACACUGACUCAAAACCUGUUGAACCGGAUUUCCAGUUGCCUUCCUGUUACACGGUGCAUAAUGUCCAACCCCUAGGAUCUAAAGUUGCAGCUUUUUCAGAUGAAACCCUCUUCUAUAUUUUCUACACCAUGCCAAGAGAUGUAAUGCAAGAGGUUGUCGCUACAGAACUGUCAGUACCACCCCAACCUACAUUUUCGGGCGUUGAGAGCUGCUCCAGCUGA